AUGUCUUCCUCCAGAUCAAUCACUACAAGUCUGCAGCGGAAUCUGUUGAGGCAAGGUCCCCUCCGCCUGUCUGCACAGCAUCCCCGACGAUGCUUUAACUUGAGCUUUGCCCCUCCACGGCCCCGCCUCUCUAGAGCUCUUAUUCAGCAAAGGGCAUUCUCGACUUCGCUUCCAAGGAGGCUCGCAGAAGCCAAUGACAACUGGGACCCCAAGUACAUUGAUCGGGAGAGCGACGAGGUUGAUGUGUGUAUAGUGGGGGGAGGUCCUGCUGGGCUUAGUGCUGCUAUCCGAUUGAAGCAACUCGCGAAUGAGGCUGGUAAUGAGGACUUUCGAGUCAUCCUUUUGGAGAAGGCGGGGGAGAUUGGGGCACAUAUCCUGUCUGGAGCAGUCAUCGAACCAAUUGCAAUCAACGAGCUCAUCCCCGACUGGCUUUCAGAAGAAAACGAGAACAGAUUCGAACAUGCGACGCCUGCAACCGGAGACAAGAUGCGAUUUCUGACGAAAUCGAGCGCGAUUCCUAUACCUCACCCACCACAGAUGAACAACCAUGGCAACUACAUUGUUUCUCUGAAUCAAUUUACAAGAUGGCUUGGCGAAAGGGCUGAAGAGCUCGGAGUUGAGGUCUAUCCAGGGUUUGCGGCUUCAGAAAUCUUGUACGAUAAAGAUGGGUCGGUGAAGGGGGUGGCAACCAAUGAUUUGGGUAUCUCAAGGGAAGGGAAACCAAAGGAUAGCUUCGAGAGAGGCAUGGAAUUCCACGCAAAAGCCACACUUUUUGCCGAAGGCUGUCAUGGAAGUCUCACGAAACAGGUCAUCAAAAAGUUCAAUCUCAGGAGUGAAAGCCAGCAUCAAACCUACGGACUUGGACUGAAGGAGGUAUGGGAGGUACAACCCGAGAAAUUUCAAAAGGGCCAGGUCGUACAUUCUAUGGGCUACCCGUUAUCUGCAGAUACAUACGGUGGUGGAUGGAUGUAUCAUUUUGGAGACAAUCUUGUCAGUGUUGGGUUGGUCGUGGGCUUGGAUUACCCAAAUCCAUGGCUAUCACCAUACGGCGAGUUCCAGAAGAUGAAGCAUCACCCUCUCUACAAAUCCGUUCUCGAAGGAGGCAAGUGUAUCUCCUAUGGUGCCCGAGCUUUGAAUGAGGGAGGCUUCCAAUCGAUACCCAAAGUCUCUUUUCCCGGCGGAGCUUUAAUUGGUGACACCGCCGGCUUUCUCAACGUCCCAAAGAUUAAAGGCACCCACACAGCUAUGAAAUCUGGAAUGCUUGCAGCAGAAGCAGCCUACUCAGCAAUCAGUCAAACUACUUCCGGCUCUAUCUUCCUCUACGACUACGAAGACUCUCUUCGAAAAUCCCACAUCUGGAAGGAGCUCAAAGAAGUCCGGAACAUGCGGCCAUCCUUCCACAGCCCUCUCAAACUCUAUGGCGGCAUCAUGUAUUCCGGACUCGAAGCAUAUAUUCUGAAAGGUAAAAUGCCGUGGACGCUCAAGCAUGCGCAACCUGAUUACGCUGCGACGAAAACUGCGGAUCAAUACCCGAAAAUUGAGUACGAGAAGCCGGAUGGCAAGAUUAGCUUUGAUAUAUUGACGAGUGUGAGCCGGACGGGCACAAACCAUGAAGAGGAUCAGCCUGUGCAUUUGCAGGUUAAAGAUUGGGAAGCGCAUGCUCAGGAAGAAUGGCCAAAAUAUAAGGGAGUUGAAAAUCGAUUCUGCCCUGCUGGUGUGUAUGAGUAUGUGGAAGAUGAGACAAAGGAUAUCGGUGUGCGGUUCCAAAUCAAUGCGCAGAAUUGCAUUCACUGCAAGACCUGCGACAUCAAGGUUCCGAAUCAAAAUAUAAACUGGACUACACCGCAAGGUGGAGAGGGCCCCAAAUAUUUUAUGACAUAG